AUGACACUGGGGUACAACAUCUUGAGUCGAGAAAAGAGGAAGGAAGUUCAAAACAGCAGCAAAUCUCACAGAACCCUCGCAGCUGCCUCGGCCUGGCUGCCAGUCCGCAGCGCCGGCACCUGGGAAACAGAUCUUGCUUCCAGGGCUUUGUUACCCAUCUUGAGGUCGGCAUCCUUGACAAAAUUUUGGUUUCCCGUCCUUCGGAGGCGCACAGACUCGCGUGUGAUGGCGAGAUGGCACAAGACAGACCAGAAGAGCGGCGUGGCUAUAUACAAUUUCAAAGGCACAGGAUUGCCACAACUGCCUCUACAGGUUGGUGAUGUGGUCCACAUCUUGGAGUCCUGCGAAGAUUGGUACAAAGGUUAUCAUGUGAGACAUAAAGGAUCAGAGGGAAUAUUUCCUAAAUCUUUCAUCCACAUCAAGGAGGUUACCGUUGAAAAGAAAAGACAAACGGAAAAUGUAAUACCUGCUGAAAUUCCUUUAGUUCAAGAAGUUACCACUACUCUCUGGGAAUGGGGAAGCAUCUGGAAACAGCUCUAUGUGGCAAAUAAGAAGGAGCGGUUCCAGCAGGUGCAGUCUAUGAUGUAUGACUUAAUGGAGUGGCGGUCACAGCUUCUAUCUGGGACUUUGCCUAAAGAUGAGCUCAAAGAACUCAAGCAGAAAGUCACUUCCAAAAUAGACUACGGUAACAAGAUACUUGAGCUAGACCUAAUAGUUAGAGAUGAAGAUGGAAAUAUCUUGGAUCCAGAUAAAACCAGUGUCAUCAGCCUGUUUCAUGCACAUGAAGAAGCAACUAACAAAAUCACUGAGCGAAUUAAGGAGGAAAUGUCUAAGGACCAACCUGAUUAUGCAUCGUACUCCCGAAUGUCUUCAUCCCCCACCCACAGCUUAUACGUCUUUGUGCGGAAUUUUGUUUGCCGAAUCGGGGAGGAUGCAGAACUCUUUAUGUCCCUAUACGAUCCACAGAAAUCAACAAUUAUAAGUGAGAACUACUUGGUGAGGUGGGGGAGCAAAGGCUUUCCAAAGGAAAUCGAUAUGCUCAACAACCUUAAAGUGGUGUUCACAGAUCUUGGAAAUAAAGACCUUAGCAGAGACAAAAUUUAUUUAGUUUGUCAAAUAGUCCGAGUUGGAAGGAUGGAUCUCAAAGACAGUAACUCCAAGAAAUACACACAAGGACUAAGGCGGCCUUUUGGAGUGGCAGUUAUGGAUAUUACAGAUAUCAUAAAAGGAAAAGCUGAAAGUGAUGAAGAAAAGCAGCAUUUCAUUCCUUUUCACCCGGUAGUGGCAGAGAAUGACUUUUUACACAGUCUCCUAAGCAAAGUCACUGCGUCAAAAGGAGACAGUGGUGGGCAAGGUCUCUGGGUAACUGUGAAAAUGCUUGUUGGAGAUGUGAUUCAAACUAGGAAGGACUAUCCGCAUCUUGUAGACAGAAACACAGUUGUUGCUAGAAAACUAGGAUUUCCUGAAAUAAUCAUGCCAGGAGAUAUAAGAAAUGACAUUUAUAUUACACUGCUGUAUGGAGAUUUUGAUAAAUACAAUAAAACAACUCAGAGGAAUGUGGAAGUGAUAAUGUGUGUCUGUGAUGAAGAAGGAAAAGUGAUGCCA